GCCGUUUCCAGGGGAGUUUUGCUCCAAAUUGAAUUCUGCGAAUCAGUUGGCUUUCGGACGAGCUCUUCCAUUGUUGUCAUUCCUGGGUUGUGUGGAUGGAAUCGGCUGCGUUGGUCGAGUUCGACGGUGCCGCUAUUGCUCCGACCAGAUCACACAAUAGUUCAUCAUGUUCGGACAGUUGCAGAAGUGUUGGACCUCGAUCAGGCUUCUGCAAAUCAGUUGAACUCGAGCCCGCCUGUUCAAGGGAAGAGCUUCCCACUGCCGGAGGUAAGGUGUUGGGUUGUGGGUCUGUUAUCGACUCGCUUCCCAGAUUGCCAGCCAACUCUCCCUCUCAUACUCUGCUUUGUUGACGAAAAACAAAGGCGCACAACUCCAUCGGACAGCUCUUCCUCAACGAGCUUGAUCUCCAGCUGCUGCUCCUUAUUUAAAACCUCCAUCGCCAGCAGCAGUUCCUCUUUGAUAAACCGUUAAUUUCACAUGUUUUUACCCCUAUUCUUGAGCCGUUUGAGAUGUUGAUUCUCGUGUUUUAGGCCGAUUUCACGCUAGGUUGUGCUUGUUUGUGAUAUUUCAGGUCCUAGUACGUGAAUGAAGGCUUGGGAGCGAGUUCGGGGUCGAUUGGACGAAGAUCGGACGUGUGGCGAGUAGCUGAGGAAGCCACACGGGCACAAAUAAAUCCCACACGGCCGUGUAAGGAACCAAUGUGGCCGUGUGGGAUUGUGCGAGGCUUCACACGGGCAGACUAGGGAUCCUACACGGCCGUGUGUCCCUGGCCGUGUAGGUAGCCUGAAGUCCAAUUAAUCAAAACUCGGUGUUUUAACUCUCACACGGGCAUCUGGGUAAGCCACACGGCCAUGUGGCCUGCCCGUGUGCAUCGGGAAUUCUGGUUUUAACCCAAUUUCGAGCCACAAGUGAGGGGAUCGACUUUGGAGAGAAAAAACAGAGUUUUAGAGAGAGAAAGGGCGAAGAACAAACUCUAGGAGCUAUUUGGAGUGGAUUUCUCACCAUUGAAGCCCAGAUUGCGUCCCCAGGAGCGAAGAUUGACAUCCCAGAGCAGAUUUUCCUCAUUUUAUGAGUAUGACUACUCCGAUUUCUGUUUUCCUCUCUCUCUCUCUAUGGAGUAGAACCCUUCUCUCACUUGGGUAUGAAGAACCCUUGUUCCAUGUGUUAGGAUCUUGAUUGUAAUGACUUGGGAUGAUGAUACUGUUUGGUUUUAAUCGAAUGGUGCAUGAUUCAUUGAAUUGAUUGAAGUCUGAUCAGCUUUUCUUGAUUUCUGCUGCAACCUGAGAUAGAUAGAAUCUGAUUAGGUUGUGAGAGCUUCUUCAUUCGGUAGUUGUAGAUUGGCUAUACAAGAGUUAGUCCGUCUACUGCUUUGUACUGGAAUCCAAUUCCAGUAGUGGAGUUCUGUGCUUAUUGCUUCAGCUUUCUAUCCCGGUGAAGACUAGUCGUCUACCGGGUAGUUAGACUAAGAGGCCUUGGUAAGCUUAAGAGAUUCCAAGCUACUGUCGGAUCUUCCGCAGUCUAAUCAACGGUAAAUCAACCCAGGGUAUUUACAAUUGAGACCUAACUAAGGAGCUAGGGGGACUCAUUCCCGAGUGACUCUUCCUUUGCUUGAGAAAACCGAAUCAAUUCCUGCUUUCUUUCUACUUUCAGUUAAGACCAAAAUCAAUCGACUUAGUUUGCUAGAUAAUAGAUAAUCACGUCGUAGGCAGUAGAUCUAGACCCCGGGUUGAUAUUUAGAACUUGCCACUUUACUGCAUUCCCGGACUGCGAUUACACUUGGUCGCAGUUUGGUGUUGUGUUUUGGCGUGUCAAGUUUUUUGGCACCGUUGCCGGGGAACCUCUAGGUUAUUGGGGAAACGUGAAAAUUUGUUACUCUAGCUUUACUGCAUUUUAUCUCUUCCACCUGUGUGCCUUCACGGGUUGCUUCUACUGAUUGUGUGCAGGUAGUGCAUGACCCGUAGCCAGUCGGGAGAUCUACUACCAUUAGACCAGGAGCUUGAACGAACCUGCAGGAACUUCAAGCAGGCUCUAAAGGCGUGACUGGCUGUGGAGGAGCAGACUAUGGGAUACUACUGGAGCGCUAGAGCCGCGGACAUGAGGUCACCCAUUCAACACCCUCAUGUACCAGCAAAUAAUUUUGAGGUGAGGACCUCUGUAAGCACCAUGCUGCGAGGUUCGGUGGUGUUCCGUGGCCAAGAGAGGGAGUGCCCACAAUCAUAUCUUAGGCGAUUCCACGAGUUCAUCGAUGGAAUCAAGAUAAAUGGGGUCCCAACAGAUGCCAUCAAGCUGAGGUACUCCCCGUUUACUCUGGAGGGGCAGGCCAAGGAGUGGCUAGACACUCGACCUCCAGGCUCUAUCACCACGUUCUCCAACCUGGCGGACAAGUUCCUCACCCGCUACCAUCCUCCGUCCAAGACGGUGGACCUGCAGAAGCAGAUUACCCAUUUUGCUCAGGAUGAAGACGAGACCAUCCGGGACGCUUGGGAGAGAUACAUCAGUCUCUUCUAUCAUGCCCUCUUCCCAGAGGACAAGCAGCUGAUUGAUUCGGUCUGUGGCCGGAAUAUACUCACCAAAACACCGCCCCAGCUAAAUCAACUUUUUGAGGAGAUGGCAGAGCAGGGCUAUGACUGGGGAACUGCGAGGAGAUCGAGACGAGCACCAGGACAGGGUGUGCAUGUUGUAUCCACCCAGUCAUCUGAUUUGGUGCAGGUGGUAUCGAAGCUGGUUUCAGCUAUCGCUCGUUCCGGGAUGAUUGCACGUACCGAACAGAAGCAGACGAGGCUCUGCCAGUGGUGUGAGAGUUCUCAUCAUACCGUGGAGGAUUGCCAGGCGAUGAGGGAGUCUUCUACUCCCCAGGAGCAGCUGGACUUCAUCGGCAAUGCCAGGCGCUUCGAUCCCUACAGCAACACUUACAACGAGGGGUGGCGCCAGCAUCCUAACUUCUCCUGUGGUGGGGCAAAUUCCAGACCACAAGUCCCCCAGGGACCUCCUGUCUUCUAGAGGCCUCCUUACCAGCCCAGACAAGGGCAAUUUCAGCAGCCACAACAUCCAGUUGAGCAGACAGGGCAGCACCUGCAGCCCCAGCGCAGAGUGACCCGAUGGCGAAACUACGAGAUCUGGUGGGUUCUCUGGCCACCUCUAGUGCAAACAAGUUCAAUAACAUCGAGCAGUUCAUGGAGAAAGCUUCAAGAAAAUUCAUGGAGGUAG